AUGCCACAACCACCGGCGUCGUCCAGUCCCAAGGCUUCCGAGCGCCACCGCCACGACGACGACCACCACCACCACCAUCUCGCCAGCACCGAGUCGCAGCGCUCCAGCGAACACGCAAACAAGCACCGCAAGGCACAGAGACACCACGCCGCCACACCCAACGGCCUCGUCAGCAGCGAUGUACAGGCACCGCACCAGCCUGCGGACAAGGCGCACAAACACAGUAAGCGAGCAAACACCGACGCCGCCCAGGUGGGAAAACACAAGGACAAGGCCACACCGUCAGCGUCAAAGGCGAAGCACAAGAAGAGGAAGCGGGACGCCGCACAAGGCGAUCGAGAUGCCGAAUCCCACGAGCCGCCCGUUCCGACGACGCCCACAAGGAGGAGGAGCAGGCACCGGGACGGCAUCCCCACCCUCGACGACGAGAUCACUGCCGAGGAAGAGGCCAUGGGGCUCGCCCCGUCGCAAGACGACCAGACCGGCGACCGCGACCAAGCAGCCGACUCGGGACGGCAGGAAGAGGGCGAAAGCACCCGGACCAGCAGCAAAAGGACAAGAACAUCAACGAAGAAGGCCAAAAAGGCGAGCAAAGACAAGGACGGGAAAAGGGCCAAGGGGAAGACGAAGCACACAGUCGACAAGACCAACGGGCGACGUCUCGAGCGCAGGGCGACUGCUGCAGCCGUUGAGCCAGCAGUGACCAUGCCAACGGGGUCAGAAGCGGACGUUGCCCGUCGCAAGGACAGCCAGCCAGAAGACGAAGCAUCCGGCGGGGCCAGAAAACGGCAGAGGAGGGGCAGCAGCGGUACGGCCAAGGCCAAGGAACUCAGUGCCAAGGAGCGAUACCAGCAGGCGACCUGGAGAGCGCCCCGACAGGCCAAGCCCAAGACCGACCGCGAGCUCGCCGAGCUCGAGACGCAGAGGAAGGCGCUGGCGGCCUGGGCCAGGACGCAGAGCAAGAGCCACAUCCUCGUCCACCGCUGCUUCUCGCGGCAGCAGCUAGGCUGGCUGACGGACGACAUCGGACUCGAGUUUAAGCGCGGCCAGUUUACGCGACAGGAACACCAGACGCUGGUCGAGUUCGUCUCGACGUACAAAAAGCGCAACAACAUGUCCCACGACGUCUUGCUCGACAUGGUCUUCGACGCCAAGAGGACCGGCAUGGUGCGCGAGCACCGCGUCUUUUUCCAGGAGUGCGCGGCGGCGCUCGUCGACCGGGCCAACACGUCGGUGCGCACCCACGUCAAGACGUUCCUGCACCCCUACUACCGCAAGGGCUACUGGACGCUGGCCGAGCUCGAGGAGCUCAAGCUGUCGUUCCAGGAGCUCGGACACGACUUCAACGCCAUCGGCGAGCGCGUGGGCCGCGUCCCCGUCAGCGUGCGCCACAAGUGGUUCGUCCUCGAGGACGCCCAGUACCGCGCCAACCUGGGCCCCUGGUCGGACCGCGAAAAGGCGAAACUGCGCCAGGCCGUCGCCGACUUCCAGCGGGAUCGGCCGCGGACGCUGCUCAUCUGGACCGACAUCGCGCGCCAGCUGGGCGACCGGCGCCACCCGCGCGCCUACGCCGCGAUGUGGCACUGCAUGCGCGGCCUCAACCCGCUCACGCGCGAAGCCGAGGCGCGCGCCCGCGAGCUCGAGGCGCAGGGCGUGCCUCGCGACCAGGCCGUCGUGCUGGCGCGCAGAGAGUACAACCGCAAGGCGCACCGCGAGCGGAGGGACGCCGUCGGGAUCAACUAUGUCAUCGACGACGACGAGGAAGACGUGGCUGCGCAGCCCCCCUCGGUCGAGGACGAGUGGAGGGCCAACGGCCUCCAAGGCGCCCCGGCCAUGGAACCCGAUGGCUGGGAGCCCGCGGUCGACGAUUUGAUUCUCUUGCAGAGGCUGCGCUACCAGGCCGCGCCCAAGCAGAGCCUGAUCAACUGGGCUGCGCUGGGCUUCGGGCAGUGGAACUGGCCGGGCGACGUGCUCGAGGCCAAGCUGGAGCGCAUCCUCGAGGCGCGGCUGCCGUCGUGGUUCCGCAACAAGAGGAGCUGGCACGCCAUCCUCGAAAAGGUCUACUGGCAGGUGGAGAAGGAGAACUUUGAUCCGGGCUACGACCCGCACCACGAGCACGAGGCUGCGGCGGCGGCCAAGGAGGCUGCUACUGGUGCGAGGGAGGCGGGUGGCGCGGCCCCGCGGGCACAGGAGGCGUCGGAUUCCGAGGUCGACGAUGUGCCCUCGGACCUUGAGGAGUACAUGGACGCCGGGGAGGAGGAGGACUAG